CAUCAAAAUGCCGCGUUCGGCUUGAAGUUGCCGUGACGAUUUGCUAAGCCACUGUCCUAGUCUUUCCCGUGUCUGGCUCUAGCUCGUUUUUGAAGCUUGGAGGAUCGGAGAAGAAAUGCAGUGGUGCAUAGUUGCUUCUCUCCUCACCAUUUUCACUAGUUCUCAGGGUAUCAUAACUACACUAUCUCAAAGUAAUGGGAAAUAUAAGUAUGAUUACACCACUGUUCCUUUUCUUGCUGAAGUGUUUAAGCUUCUAGUUUCUAGUUGUCUUUUAUGGAGAGAGUGCCAGAAAUCACCUCUUCCCAAGAUGACUACGGAUUGGAAGAGCAUUCGGUUGUUUCCUAUUCCUUCCAUCAUUUACUUGAUCCACAACAAUGUUCAAUUUGCAACUUUGAUUUAUGUAGAUACAUCCACCUACCAGAUAAUGGGCAAUCUUAAGAUUGUUAUUACUGGAAUUUUAUUCAGGCUGUUCCUCAGGAAGAAGCUUUCUAAUCUGCAGUGGAUGGCAAUUGUUCUGUUGGCUGUUGGGACAGCCACUAGCCAGGUAAAGGGCUGUGGAGAGGUUUCCUGUGACUCCCUUUUCUCUGCGCCAAUUCAGGGGUACAUGUUAGGAAUUCUGUCUGCUUGUCUUUCAGCAUUAGCUGGCAUUUAUACAGAAUUCCUGAUGAAGAAGAACAAUGAUAGUUUAUACUGGCAGAACGUACAAUUAUAUACGUUUGGUGCAAUUUUCAACCUGGCUCGGCUUGUCCUGGAUGAUUUCAGAGGUGGAUUUGAGAAGGGACCAUGGUGGCAACGCCUCUUCAAUGGAUACACUAUCACAACCUGGGUGGUGGUAUUAAAUCUAGGGUGUUCUGGACUUUUAGUUUCUUGGUUAAUGAAAUAUGCUGACAACAUUGUCAAGGUGUAUUCGACAUCAAUGGCAAUGUUAUUGACUAUGGUUCUAUCUGUGUUCCUAUUUAGUUUCAGGCCAACGUUACAGCUCUUCUUGGGAAUUAUUAUUUGCAUGAUGUCGCUACACAUGUAUUUUGCACCCCCAGGUAUGCUAGUGGAUCUCCCUUCCGUGGGAAAAGCUGACCCAAAGAGUCUCAUAGAUGUUUCUAUUGAAAGAAGAACAGUCUCAUGAGUCAUGAUGUAUCCUUUUCGUUGAACGCUAACAAUUAUUUGGUUAGUUUUUGUUUAAAAUUGAUACUGUAAAAGCUAGCAUAUUUUUCCUGGUAAUCUGCUACAAAAAUAGAGCAUUGAUCACUUAUGAUAUUUAAUACCACCAUGGUCAUGUGCCAUACCUGUGGUGCGGAUCAUGCUGAAUUAAUGGCCUCUUGGUCCUGGGAAGAGAAGAGGAUGAAGAUAUCGGAUAUUAACAAGUGCAUUUUAUAUGGAAACAACAUCUGGCUAGUUGAUCAUGGGUGGAUCUCUGUCCUCAAUUGCCUGGAGUUCCAACCACCAACCGACAGCAAUUGUACAAAGAGUUAAGCCACCAUAUGUGGUCUAUACACCUUUUUGUUUUUUCCAUACUCUUGAUGACCAAUUAUUUUAGGUGUAACUGUGUUAAUAAUGCAAUGGCCGCCAUGUUGAAUAGUGUACUUCGCAUAGUAAAUGCACUUCGAUUAUUGAGGCAAUUGAUGCCCUCCUUGGAUGGUCGCGCAGGUAAUGUGUGGACAAGAAGAAUUGGGUGACUAUUUAUGUUUGCGUUGAUUCGACAAUCCACAAGGCCUUGUGGUACUGAAUUAUUGUCAUCUGCCUUAAAACUUGUGGAUUUAAUCAAUCGUUAAAGUAACGAAAAGAAAAAAAAAAGUUUCUAUGGUAUUGAAAUUAGAAAUGGUCUUUGAAAUUUCGAAAUCGAGUUUAAUUUAGUCUUCUUUUUUUUAUAAUAUCACCUGACAUCUCAAAUACAAGUAAAAUCUUAAAUCCUUCUCCCAAAUAAUCUAUAGCAACAAUUGUUUCGAGGGAUGUUUCUGGAGAGCAAUAGUUCUCGUCAAUAAAUAUAUAUGCAAUGUUCAUAUAGUCAUGUUAAUAUGUAACCUUCAACUAGUUGGUAAUAGCAAUCCAAGAAAGGGAUCUUUUGAGGGGGAAGAAAAACAAAGUUUUAAUUGAUUAAGGAGUAAAGUCCAUUGUCAGUUGGUUGUUGUAAAUUAAAGCAUUGAUUAAUAAUUCGGGGAUAUUUUGGGCAUCUUAUUACAUUCUGGAAUCUUCUUUUCACUUAAAAAAAAGGGUUUAUCAAGUCAAUGGGAAAUUAGCUUUCUCCUGUUAAUGCCAGCGAAGUAUUUCACACGCCAAAAUUAAAUCUUACAAAAUUGUACUCUGACAAAGCGUUGUUUUCUCAGUAAUUAAUUACAAUGUUGCCUUAACCUCGACGAUGUUUGGUGCCCUGCCUUGCCCUACGCUACAUUACAUUUUCCUUUCCUUCUCUCUCUCUUGCAAAUCUCAAGUCUCACCUACCCAUGCGCGCACAUUCACUGAAGCCUCUAUAAAAAGGGCAAUAAGAUACACGCAAAGCUAGAGCAUAGGUUAUUGGGCAAAAAUAUGGAGUCGGUAGCAAGGCCAGCUGAGAACAUUGGCGGUCGACCAAAUAGUGAGCACGCAAAGGAUCGGUGUGGCUACUUUCAGAUGCCUUUGCACUACCCUAGAUACACCCAUGCCGAGUACGACACCAUGCCAGAAUGGAAGCUUGAUUGCUUGCUAAAAGAGUACGGCCUACCCAUCACCGGAAAUGUUGAAUACAAGAGGAAGUUUGCCAUGGGAGCUUUUCUUUGGCCUAACUAGAGACUUUAAUUCUAUUCUGGUCAUUGAUCAUUAUGCUUCUUCCUCUUCUUCUCAGGUGUUUGAGUGUUAUGCUGUUUGAGAUGAAAUGAAAUGCUUGGAUAUCCAUUUUGAAGGGAAGUGCAUGUAUGUAACGUAGCAAUUAAGAAAUGUGUGCUAGUGAUAGUGUGUUUAAUAGCUUCUUGUGUUAUUUGCUUUUCUUUUUAAGUGUGAUCAAUUAAUGGGAUUUUCACUUGUUGCCUCCUAA